AUGAUCCUGCCGUACAAAGACGAUCGCCAAUCCCAGACUCCCUCCCCACCGCAAAUCGCCUACUUGUCGCAUCUCAAUUCCCGCCAAUCAGACCCCAAUGCCUCCACGUCAGCACCUAGUCGACAGAAGAAAAAUUUUUCCCGUCAUGCCUGGACACACGACGACGUGAAUGCCAGCCGCCGUUUGUCAGAUAUUGGCGAGGAGCUCUCGCCCACGAGAUCGCAGGGAUUCGGCGAUUCGGACGAACAAGACCUGGCUAGCUCACCGCUAUUGCAUGAGCACGGCGAUCAGAAUAGGGAUAAUCCUACAUGGAGUAGCUCCAAUUCCACAAUCAGUGCGGGGAGCAGACGCGCUUCUGCUUCGAAGGAUGUAUCUGAGGCGCAUAAUGGACGCGACGAAUCCCCCGUUCACCCCGAGGUCGCGAGAGCGCAAGCUACCGCUGUCGUUGGAACUGCAGGGGGUUCCUCUGUGCCGGCUAGCAAUGCUGUGGCUUCUGCAGCUGCAGAGGGCAAGGGGCCCGGGGAGGAGUUUUCCUCGGCGAUACUGAGCAGCGAGGCGGAGAGGAUUCUGGAGAAUGCGAAGAAACGGUUAAAUCUUAUGGAAAACAAUCUCACUCGAGCUCGGUCGACGACGCCGCGCACCGCCGCCUCGCCUUCGCCCUCAAAUUCGGGCUUCCAGCCGAUGGGUAUGCACCAACCGGUGGGUGGACUGUAUCGGUCGAUUUCGCGCACGGAUCCUAGGAACUCUUCGCUUCGACGGCAGUCGCUCAUUGCAUCGCAGGAUACGACGAAUAAUCGUCAUUCGAGAGUCCACUCCGAGACGAAUAUCCCGUCUGAUUCGAGCCUCUCGAAUGAUAGCAAGCGUAUAUCGCGCUCUGUCAGUGCGAUGGGCGCAAGCACUUCGUCCAGCCUUCACACUGAUAAUCGGUCGUUCCAAUAUGCACCCACUAGGGCGUAUCUGACGCACCGGUCAUCGGUUUCUUCCAUCCAGCCUCCGAUACAUUUGAAUGACCAGGGCCAACAGGACCAGAUGCCGCAGUCACCUGUUUCCACCGAAGACAGUUCGCCGGACUCGCCACAUGGCUUGGGCAUCUCCUCGGACGAGGGAUCAAAAUCAAGCCCGGAUGAUUUCAGUCCGGUCUACAGCUCCUUUGGUCCCCCUAGCCGCGCGCAGUCACAACUGCAGGUGCGGGAUCUCCAGUAUCAAAUGAAAGGUCUUCACAUCAAGAUCUCUUCUCUCAAGGUGAAGACUCAGGAGGAUAAUCUUCGCCGGCGUAGCUUGCAAAGCCUGCGCACGCCCAGCCCAUUGACGGCCGCUGAUCACUGGUAUGCCAAUGCGCUAGAGCUCAGAGAUGAUCAGAGCAGUCGUGGCUCCGACCCCCGACGCGACGGUGGCUCUGAAAACACCCGGCAUGUCUCGAAUAAUGCAGCGGCGGAAGAUCGGCGCAGAUCCGAUGAGCGAGCUGCUGAGAAUACAUCCAAACAUGCCGAGAAUUGGCAAGGCAAUGAGCCUGCUGAAUAUGCCGACGACCAAUCUGUCGCCGAGACCAUGUACGAAGAUGCCGAAGAAGGUGAUUUUGAUGAGGUUGACCGCGAAGCUCUGGAUGAGAUUUUGCGUGAGCCGCUUGACGAUGACUUUGAGAACGACAUGGAAGCCUUCCCUGAUGUGCCGUCGCACAUGGAUGCGACGCCCCACGAGAUGCGCGAGGAUGCGUUCGACUAUGAGCAUUUCAUAUUGCAUAGCGCACUGGGCAACUACACCCAGCAACUCCGUCGGGUGAGCAACAGCUCGAACGGAUCAGUCGAGACAACCCGGCCCGCAUACGCCCGGCACUCCCGUACCAACAGCAACAUGUCUGUCUCGACAGUGGCAACCUUCGCAACCGCGAACGAAGGCGAGCGUCCCGACGACGAGGACGACAUUGACAGCAUGAUGUACUGGGACCGACGGUUCAACCAUGGUGCGUUCCCGCGAUCCAUCUCCCCUGGCGUUUCCGACACUAAUCCUUGGACAGAGCUGCGACAUGGACACAGUCAUAGCCAUUCCCAGUCCCAUGCUCACGGCUACAGCCACCAACCAAGUCCAAUCCAAGAGGUUGAAGUCGAGGGCGAUCGCUCUGAAACACCACGCGGGCCACGAUACGGCCACAGCGGCGACGCCAACCCAAUGGACCCGAACAACCUGACCCCCCAGAAACAUACUGGCCGCUCAUCAUCAGCUACGGCCGGUUCUGCAACCCCAAACUCUCUUGUCUCGUCCCUCGUUUCGACCGUGCGCGCGGCAUCCAGCACCCCCAGUGUCGGUGGCAUCAAUGACGAUGACACCCAGAUGCUGGAAGCACUGUUCGCCAGUCUUGGUAACGUUUGUAUGGAUCUGCAGGCAAUCACAACGUCUGAGGAUCCAGAUGUAAAAGCUGCGCGUGUGCUGCGGCGUCGUCUUGAUGCUGCGCGGAGAGUGCUAGAGGGAGAGCUUGAUGCUUGA